AGCCGUGUGACCGGAAAUCUUUGGGUGACCUGAAUUCGGCAUUGAGAGACAAGGUAAACCAUGGGGCUGCACUUCGGAGACCUCGCUAAGGUGCGACACAUCAUCACCUUCACCUUAUCUCCUUUUGAGCAGAGGGCAUUUGCCAAAAUGUUUUCAGGAGGCAUCCCCAAUGUUUGGCGGAGGUUCUCAUCAAACUUCCUGACAGUAGCACCACCCUUUAUCUUGGCAUAUUUAACUUACAACUGGGGAAACAGAGAGCAUCAGAAACAGAAGAGAAAGGUGCCUGGCAUGUAUGACAACGACCAGUAAAGACGCCUGAACUGAUUUGAGAUCCAUCCGCAUUUAGGUGACUCCUUCCUGCACUCUAUGAAGCGGAAUAUUUAUUGGGAUGUCUAAUAGUACCCUAAAUACAUUAAAGAUUUUUCACUCUACA